UUACUCAUUUAAAACCUAAAAACGGGUCGGUGCCGAACCUAACACAAGAGGAAGGUUAAGCCAUUAUAAAGAGGACAAAAAUGUUAGAAAGUCUAGAUCAGUUAAAACCAAAUUUUGACCUUCAAUGCGUAAUGUUAAUGAGUUCAGUAAGGCUUUUCCAGAGCUUGUAGAUUAAGACUGCAACAGCUCAUCGCCCUCUCUAGUACUAAACACGUUUAGCCAGGUGACCGGAUAAUGGAAGAUCACGCUUGGCUAAGUCUGGGCCACAGACGUAGCCUUUGGUCUGCCUAUACGUUCUUUAAAAAGUUGGAAAGAUGACAUGCCAACAAGGUUGACUUGUACAUAAAGUCGCCAUGGUGAUGAAAUCAACAGUUGAGGAUGAUGACACCGGCUGGGGGCUGGGCAUCCCAGAAAAGAUGAAGAACAAUGCAAACUGGGUUGAUAUUACUCAUGAGUUCAAGGGUGCUUGCAAAGAGUUGAAUCUUGGAGAGUUGCUUCAUGACAAACUGUUUGGCCUGUUUGAGGCCAUGUCGGCUAUAGAAAUGAUGGAUCCUAAGAUGGAUGCUGGAAUGAUUGGAAACCAGGUCAACAGGAAAGUUCUCAAUUUUGAGCAAGCUAUUAAGGAAGGUGCCAUCAAAGUUAAAGAUCUCAGUCUUCCUGAACUAAUUGGGAUCAUUGACACAUGUUUCUGCUGUUUGAUAACAUGGCUGGAGGGUCACUCAUUGGCCCAGACUGUUUUCACCUGCCUGUAUGUCCAUAACCCAGACCUUAUUGAGGAGCCAGCUCUAAAAGCUUUUGCCCUGGGCAUGCUGAAAGUGUGUGAUAUUGCACGAGAAAAAAUUAACAAGGCAGCUGUUUUUGAAGAGGAGGAUUUCCAAGCCAUGACCUAUGGUUUCAAGAUGGCCAAUAAUGUCACAGACCUGCGAGUGACCGGUAUGCUAAAAGAUGUGGAGGAUGAGUUACAGAGGAAAGUUAAGAGCACACGCAGCCGACAGGGUGAGCAGCGAAACCCAGAGGUUGAGCUGGAGCACCAGCAGUGCCUGGCAGUUUUCAACAGAAUCAAAUUCACACGCCUUCUACUGACUGCUCUGAUUGCCUUCACCAAGAAGGAGACCAGCUCAGUAGGUGAAGCCCAGAAGCUUGUGGCUCAGGCAGCUGACCUGCUAUCACCUAUUCAUUCCAGUAUUCAACAUGGCAUCCAGUCACAAAAUGACACCACCAAAGGAGAUCACCCCAUCAUGAUGGGUUUUGAGCCUCUUGUUAACCAGAGACUGCUGCCUCCCACUUUUCCUCGAUACGCCAAGAUCAUUAAGAGGGAAGACAUGGUGGCCUACUUCAGCAAGCUUAUAGAACGCAUCAAGACUGUGUGUGAUGUGAUCAACACCACAAACCUGCAUGGCAUACUGGACUUCUUCUGUGAAUUCAGCGAGCAGUCUCCCUGUGUGCUCUCCAGAUCUCUUCUGCAGACAACGUUCCUAAUUGACAAUAAGAAGGUUUUUGGCACUCACCUCAUGCAGGACAUGAUUAAGGAUGCACUAAGAUACUUUGUCAGCCCACCUGUCCUCUCUUAUAAGUGUUGUCUGUUCAACAACCAUCAGGCCAAGGACUACAUUGACUCCUUUGUUACACACUGCUCCAGGCCUUUCUGCAGCCUCAUCCAGAUCCAUGGACACAACCGAGCUCGACAGAGAGACAAGCUGGGGCACAUUCUCGAGGAGUUUGCUACACUGCAGGAUGAAGCUGAGAAAGUGGAUGCAGCUCUGCACAGCUUACUGAUGAAACUUGAGCCUCAGCGACAACACCUAGCCUGUCUUGGCACCUGGAUCCUCUACCAUAACCUGAGGAUCAUGAUCCAAUAUCUGCUGAGCGGUUUUGAACUGGAGCUUUACAGCAUGCAUGAAUACUAUUACAUCUACUGGUACCUGUCUGAGUUCCUUUAUGCAUGGUUGAUGUCUACUCUAAGUAGAGCUGACUCCUCUCAGAUGGCAGAAGAGCGCAUUCUAGAGGAGCAGCUAAAAGGACGCAGCAGCAAAAAAGCCAAGAAGAAGAAAAAAGUUCGUCCACUCAGCAAAGAGAUUACCAUGAGUCAAGCAUACCAGAAUAUGUGUGCUGGCAUGUACAAGACAAUGGUAGCUUUGGACAUGGAUGGUAAAGUACACAAGCCUCAGUUUGAACUGGACAGCGAGCAAGUUCGCUAUGAGCAUCGUUUUGCCCCCUUCAACAGCGUGGUCACCCCCCCACCUGUGCAUUACAUCCAAUUUAAGGAAAUGUCAGACCUGAAGAAGUACAACCCUCCACCUGGCUCUGCAGACCUCUACCUGGCAGCUAGCAAACACUUUCAACAGGCCAAGCUCAUCCUAGAAAAUGUGCCAAGCCCAGACCCUGAGGUAAACCGCAUAUUGAAGGUGGCCAAACCCAACAUUGUAGUUAUGAAGCUCCUGGCUGGAGGACACAAAAAGGAAACCAAGGUGCUCCCAGAGUUUGACUUCUCAGCUCACAAGUACUUCCCUAUUGUCAAGAUCAUUUGAUUCCUUCCUACUCCACACAGUGGCACUCUCCUCCUUACCCUGGAUUAAGUGUGCAGUGACCCCGACUCUGUCCACAUCUAAACAAGUGUGUGAUAAGCCCAACUGUAAUGUCAUGAAAUGAGUGUCCGAUCAUUUUAUUUUGUUUAGUUUUUUCCCACCUGAAUGAGAUGUAUGAGAAACCAGACCAGAGAACUCACAACUGGACCUACAUAAGAAACAGUAUCUACAAAUGCAUCUGUGAAAGUUUGUGUGUGUGUGUGAGUCUUAGACAAGACAAAGUGUGAUUGUGUUAAGAAGUAGCAGAUGGAAGCUGACACCAGAACAGUCUUGUGAAGGCUUGACAAGAAUGCUGUAAUGAUGAUGGGUGCGUAUCAUUAAAUAAUAUAAAACCUCA